UUGAGCACGCUCUUCUAGGAAUCACACUGUCAGCUUCACUUCACUGCCUACCUUCCAAAUUCUCUAUUUCGGCUUUGGAACUGUGAAGAUUGUCGCGUUCAGCUUCGAUCGCUACGCACAUUUCCUCUCUGUUUCUGCCGUCAACGAACCAUGAGCUUGAACAUCUUCAGGAAGAAAACCUCCCCCAAAGAUGCUCUUCGCACCAGCAAGCGAGAAAUGGCUGUUGCAACUAGAGGAAUUGAGCGAGAAAUCUCAUCUCUUCAGUUGGAGGAAAGAAAAUUGGUGGCAGAGAUAAAGCAAACUGCUAAAACUGGAAAUGAGGCUGCCACUAGAAUCCUAGCUCGACAGCUUGUUCGCCUGCGCCAACAGAUUACUAAUUUGCAAGGGAGUCGUGCCCAAAUUCGAGGUGUAGCUACUCAUACACAGGCACUAUAUGCUAGCACUUCAAUCUCCACUGGAAUGAAGGGUGCUACAAAGGCAAUGGUUGCAAUGAACAAGCAAAUGGCACCAGCUAAGCAGGCUAAAGUGAUUAAGGAGUUUCAGAAGCAGUCAGCACAGUUGGACAUGACGAUUGAGAUGAUGUCGGAGUCUAUAGAUGAAACUCUAGAUAAGGAUGAGGCUGAAGAGGAAACUGAGGAGCUUACGAAUCAGGUGCUUGAUGAGAUUGGCGUUGAUAUUGCAUCCCAGUUAUCUUCCGCUCCCAAAGGCCGGAUUGCAGCAAGAAAGACUGAAAAUACAGUUGCCAGCUCUGAAUCUCCCGACGUUGAGGAUCUUGAAAAGAGAUUGGCUUCUCUUCGACGAGACUUGAUCGUUUCUUUAGAAAAUCGGUGGUCGCGAGGAGGAUCGGGAGAAGCUAUGCAGAGUCAACUUGUAUGCAGUGGGUGUAGGAGCAUUCUUCUUUAUCCAGGGGGGGCAACUAAUGUAUGCUGUGCAUUAUGCAAUACAGUCACCUCAGUUCCUCCUCCUGGAACAGAUAUGGCUCAACUUAUAUGUGGAGGUUGCAGGACGUUGCUUAUGUACGCACGUGGGGCAACAAGUGUAAGAUGCUCAUGUUGCCAUACAGUGAACCUUGCACCUGCUACGAACCAGGUUGCUCAUGUUAACUGUGGAAACUGCCGAACAACACUUGUCUUUCCUUAUGGAGCUCCAUCUGUCAAAUGUGCGAUCUGUCACUAUGUUACAAAUGUUGGUAUAUCCAACGUGAGGGUUCCCAUUCCAGUGCACAGGCGUAAUGGAACAAUUAGCUCUGGAAUGCCCCCUUCAUCAUCAUCUCAGAGCCAAACAGUUGUAGUUGAGAACCCUAUGUCUGUUGAUGAAAGUGGCAAAUUGGUGAGCAAUGUCGUUGUUGGUGUCACAACAGAUAAAAGGUAACUUGGUGAGAUCAUGGUUGAUUGAUGACACUUACUAUUAGCGGCUUAAAAGGAUGGGAGGAAGCGAUCUAUAUAUCUCUCUAGUACAUCACUAUACUGCUUGGAAUAUGAUUAUGGUUGUGGAAAUUUCUGUAUAGUUUGUCUCCGGAUUUUUCCUUAAAGGUCACCAUUCAUUGUUGAGUCAACUUCAAUUUGAGGUUCAGAUAACUUUUUACCCUGUGAAUGCGAUGUAUAUUAUGGACCUGAAGAAUUUGAGGGUCUGUACUGUAUUACUUGUGUGAUUUCUGUACCGAAUCAUUGAGCUGUCUCGCAAGUAAAAAUAUUAUACAUCCAUCGUAUCUCCUCUGGUAAAUAUGAGUAUAAACGUUGUCUUGUAUUGUCUGUUUCCAUAAUUGUUGGUGGUAUGUAUUUGGAAUUUCCAUUGGUUUUGUUCAUA